AUGAGAAGGCCACACGUUCCACACCCUUCAUCACUUCUCUGCUUGUUGCUUCUGCCUCUGGCUGUUCUAGAAGCAGCUGUCUUUGAACACAAUCCGACUCACUUUCGGAUUAGUGGAGUACUAUCAUGUCCCCAUAGACGAUCUACUUACUGGUGUUUUAAAGUUUACCUUUAUGAAUAUGAUACAUUAGAUAAGGAUGAAAUAGCAAGUUUUGGAGUCAGAUGCACGGAUCAAGAAAGUUUAACUUAUAACCUCAACGGGUACGAUGACAGUGACGGGCCAGGAGAUAAUUAUUACGAGCUAUUUUUAUGGGUCUACCACAACUGUUCGUUACAUGGAAACAUUUUCCAAGAAGUGCAUAAUUUGUCUACAGUUGCGAUUACAGAGAAAGACGUCGUACGGAUACGAAACUAUAAUGUGUCGGUGAAAGGAAAACGGGUUGAUGGUUGGGACCAGUAA